AUGCCUCGUGCUAUAUCUAAAGUCACAUCCAGCGAAUUGGAGAUCUUUUGCACGUUCUUGGACAAAUUGCAUGCACACCAAGACUCUAAAAUCAGUCUGGAAACUCCAACAUCUGCACCUCCAAAAUACAAUCACAUUGAGAAAUCAGAAAAUGCACCAUUCGUUAAGUGGGGGUCAGUAAUACAAAAACGAAGAGAAAAAGAAAAAGAUGAUGAUGAUGAUGACUUUCCUUGCACAUUUCACGAUCCAUUGCCAGAAUCAAUCGAUUAUUUCAGUUUAAAUAAUUCUACAGACCUCUUCAACAAAAUAAAACAUUGCGCUAUAUGUCUUAUACAGGAGACCCCCCAAUGGAGAACUUUCCCAAGAAUACCAGGAAAUGUGUGCAAUGCUUGUGGCGCAUUCUACACAAAAUUAAGUAAUAUUGUUGGUGAAGUUGGGUCUUUAGUUAUUAUGUGUCAUUUGAAAAACGCGGGAUUAUGCAACUACAGAGAUUUAAAUGGGGUUUUGAAAGUCCUUAGCAAAGGCGAGAUUUUGAUCCCUACACUCGACCAAAAGUUGGGGAUUCUAACACGGCAGAGGAAAAAUAGGUCGAUCAACAGAAAAUCUAUUAGAAAUCAGAAAAUAAAUAACUAG